AUGUCGUCGAUGAAAGGACUGGUGCAGUUCAUUGCGGACUUGCGCAAUGCGCGGGCGCGAGAAUUGGAGGAGAAGCGCGUGAACAAAGAGCUGGCCAACAUUCGACAGAAGUUCAAGUCAGGCAAUCUCAACGGCUACCAGAAGAAGAAAUAUGUGUGCAAGCUUCUCUAUGUCUACAUCCAGGGCUACGAUGUCGACUUUGGUCAUCUUGAAGCCGUCAACCUCAUCUCCUCGACUAAAUACUCCGAGAAGCAGAUCGGAUAUCUCGCCGUCACCCUAUUCCUGCAUGAGGAGCAUGAGCUGCUCCACCUGGUUGUCAAUAGUAUUCGGAAGGACUUGAUGGAUAAUAGUGAGCUAAAUAUCUGUUUGGCGUUACAUGCAGUGGCCAAUGUUGGUGGCCGAGAGCUGGGAGAGGCUUUGGGCAAUGAGGUCCACCGGCUCUUGAUUUCCCCAACCUCGAAAGCUUUUGUCAAGAAGAAGGCUGCGCUCACACUACUUCGUCUUUAUCGGAAAUACCCUGGUAUCGUUCGGAACGAAUGGGCCGAGAGAAUUAUCUCAAUCAUGGAUGACCCGGACAUGGGUGUCACCUUGUCUGUCACCUCGCUGGUGAUGGCGUUGGCCCAAGAUAUGCCAGAAGAAUACAAGGGCAGUUAUGUUAAAGCUGCGCAGCGUUUGAAGCGGAUCGUGGUUGACAACGACAUUGCGCCGGACUAUCUCUACUACCGUGUGCCAUGUCCGUGGAUCCAAGUCAAGCUUCUGCGUCUGUUGCAAUAUUAUCCUCCGUCAGAUGAUAGCCACGUCCGUGAAAUUAUCCGGGACUCUCUUCGACAGAUCAUGCAGGCUGCGAUGGAAACCCCCAAGAACGUUCAGCAAAACAACGCCCAAAACGCAAUUCUAUUCGAAGCCAUUAAUCUCCUAAUUCACCUCGAUUCCGAACACACUUUGAUGAUGCAAAUUUCUUCGCGUCUGGGCAAAUACAUUCAAUCGCGUGAAACCAACGUUCGUUAUCUUGGCUUGGAUGCAUUGACACACUUUGCUGCGCGGGCAGAAACCCUCGAUCCAAUCAAGAAGCACCAGAACAUCAUCCUGGGUUCCCUACGAGACCGAGAUAUCAGUGUCCGUCGCAAGGGUUUGGAUCUGUUGUACAGCAUGUGCGAUACGACUAACGCUGGUCCCAUUGUAAAUGAGCUUCUCCGUUACCUUCAGACGGCUGAUUACGCUAUUCGGGAGGAGAUGGUCUUGAAGGUUGCCAUCCUCACCGAGAAAUAUGCAACAGACGCCCAGUGGUAUAUUGAUAUGACCUUGAAACUAUUGUCACUUGCCGGUGACCACGUCAACGACGAAGUUUGGCAGCGAGUCAUUCAGAUUGUGACCAACAAUGAAGAAUUGCAGGCAUAUGCCGCCCAUACUCUCUUCGGCUAUAUGAAGACUGACUGUCACGAGAGCUUGGUUAAAAUUGGCUGUUAUGUUCUCGGCGAGUUUGGUCACCUCGUCGCCGAUAAUCCCGGAUCAAGUCCCAUUGAGCAAUUCAUGGCACUGCAAGGAAAGAUGUUCACAGGCUCUGACAACGCAAGAGCUAUGAUUCUUUCGUCCUUUGUGAAGUUUGUCAACCUGUUCCCCGAAAUCAAGCCACAGCUCCUUCAGAUCUUCCGUCUGUACAGCCAUUCCCCUGAUUCUGAAUUACAACAACGAGCAUUCGAGUAUCUCUCUCUGGCAACACUCCCGACUGACGACUUGCUGCGGACUGUGUGCGAUGAAAUGCCACCUUUCUCAGAGCGCACCUCCAUCCUUUUGUCCCGCCUACACCAGAAGACAGCUGGCACCAGCGAGAGAAAGACAUGGGUGGUUGGUGGCAAGGCGGCGAAUGCAGACAAGCAGGAAGUCCUUAUGGCACAAACCACUGGUCUCAAGCGUUCUUUCACCACUAUUGUUCAUGGCACACGAACUGGAGGUGGAGGAUCCAACGGAAGUACUCCAACUAGUGCGACAAGUGCGUCUGGCGACCUGGCAGGAUUGGACUUCAAUAGUGGGCCGCCGGCCCCUCCUCCAAACCUUGCCAGCGCGGCUCACCUGACACCGGAGUGGGACAUUGGCUACAAUAAGCUCUACUUCUCGCACGAAGGUGUUCUAUUCCAGGACGCCCAGAUCCAAGUUGGCUUACGAUCGGAAUACCGUGGCCAUAUGGGUGUUGUUAAGCUCUAUAUUUCCAACAAAUCCUCCUAUCCCAUCGGGUCGUUGACUACCACCAUUGACAACCCGGCCUCUCCAAAUCUCAAGAUCGACAGCAAAAACCUCCCCGAAUCUACCGUUGCGGCAACCGGUCAAACCCAGCAGACAUUCUUCUGUGCGGCCCACGGUCCCUUCUCAGAUGCCCCCACCAUCCGUAUUUCAUACCUGGCUGGUGCACUCCAGGCUUAUACUCUCCAACUGCCUGUUCUAAUGCAUAGAUACAUGGAGCCAUCAUCUCUCUCCGCAGAAGACUUCUUCCAGCGCUGGAGACAAAUCGGUGGCGGGCCCCUGGAGUCGCAGAAGACCUUUGGUCUGAGUGGAAAGAACAAGAUAAUCAACGAAGCCUACACUCGACGGACUGUAGAAGGCUUCGCAUGGAAGAUUCUGGAUGGCGUGGACCCGAACAGCAAUAAUAUUGUGGGCUGCUCAGUGAUCCAGUUUGAAACGGGCAAGAUAGGCUGUCUAUUGCGCCUGGAGCCUAACUAUGAGAAGUCGAUGUACCGUGUUACAAUCCGUGCCACACAAGAAGGAGUUCCGCAAUCACUGGCGAGGCAGAUGGAGCAGAAGCUAAGCCAGGGAUUUAAGGAUGUUGGAGCCGGGUCUUACGACUAG